UUGGCGACGACGUCGUCCGAAAAUAUUUUAAUUUGAAAAUAUAAAGCGGAAAGUUUGAUUGAGUGCGUUUGUGCCUAUCCUGGCUAAAAGAAGGUGGUCCUGCCCGACAAACACCGACCUGAAAAACAUCCGACGAGGAAAGUUUGCAAAGUCUAAUGAUAACUUUAAACUUGACAACGUAUACGAAGGACGCUGUCAAACGCGGAUUUCAGUCAGACCGUUGUUCUGACAGUGUUGAGGAGUUUUGACGCUUUCAUUUUGAGGAUAGAAUUUUAAAAAAUCCCAAGUUGAAAAUGGAGAGGCCAGCUGAGUGAUAGUGGGAUGAGGAGGCUGGAUUUGGCAAAUUUGGGAGUCCUGCCCUGCUGCUAGCAUGCUAGUUAGCCUGCUCAACUUCGCCAUCGCUAUUCAGCACGAUUAAAGUUUGCCUUUGAAGAUACUGAUUUUGACCUUGCACCCUCUUCCGAUGGAGUAAAGUAAUGCAUACUUUCAGUGGGAACUCUCACCGAAGUUUGCACUUGCCCAAAAGGCAACUCCUCUCAAGUUUAAUUUUGGAUCCUGCAGGGCGUUGAUCCCUCCUAUUGUCAGUGGAUUUUGUGUCCCAAGCUUCCCUGCUAACCCACACAAUUUGAUCUGACAUGCUCAAACAAUUCGGUUGUCUGUUGUAGACUUCAGAUAUAGUCUUUGGGGACAAUGACUGGGUGCAAGUAUUUCAACAAAAGUGGUUGAUUGUGACAUGAAUUGAUAAGAUAUUACCUGGAGGGGGGAGACCAACAUGUUUGUGAUAUUGCAGGAAUGAUAUUGUGGACGUUUUGCAUUAGUGGAUGGAUCUGAUGCAUUCAAGAUCAGAUCAGACUGCUGAUGCCAGCUGAUUGGGACUCCAACUCGAUUCAUGAUCCCUCUGUAUGAGUCGGGAAGCAGCUUGGACGACGCAGAGUCGGCUGAUGCUGUGAUGAAGCAGGGCUCUUGGUGGCCUGCGUGGCUGGCUGGGCUGAGUCCCCGAGUUAUGUGAUGGGGUGCAGGAACAGUAAGGUCCUCCCUGAGCCUCCAGGGGACGUUCAGUUGGACCUGGUCAAAAAGGUGGAUCCACCCUGUCAAACAGACAUCUAUAAGCACUUCAUUCGAGGAGAUGGUACGGCCAGCAAGAUUGGCGAGGCUGGUGGUGGGGUUGGCGACAAGGCAGGCUCCACCCUCCCAUCUCUUUCUCAGGCACAGGCUUCCACUCCUGUCGCUUCCACCCAAACUCCUAAGAACCCAUCUGAGGUGUCAGACCCUCAACGGAAAAAGGUGGCCAAAUAUCGAGCCAAGUUUGACCCACGAGUCACAGCCAAGUACGACAUCAAAGCUUUAAUAGGUCGGGGGAGUUUUAGCCGGGUUGUCCGUGUGGAGCACAAGAGCACUCGGCAGCCAUACGCCAUAAAGAUGAUUGAGACCCGGUACAGGGAAGGAAGGGAGGUCUGCGAGUCCGAACUGUGCGUUCUUCGAAGGGUUCGCCACACCAAUAUAAUCCAGCUCAUGGAGGUCUUUGAGACGGCCGAGCGCGUUUACAUGGUGAUGGAGCUGGCCACCGGAGGAGAACUGUUCGACCGCAUCAUUGCUCGCGGCUCCUUUACGGAGCGAGAUGCCACCCGGGUACUGCAGAUGGUGCUGGAUGGUGUCAAAUAUCUCCACACUUUGGGGAUCACGCACCGAGACCUGAAACCCGAAAACCUGCUGUACUACCACCCCGGCGCCGACUCGAAGAUCAUCAUCACCGACUUUGGUUUGGCCAAUAGCAGGAAGAAGGGAGACGAGUGUCUGAUGAAGACCACCUGCGGCACACCUGAGUACAUAGCUCCUGAGAUCCUGGUGAGGAAGCCCUACACGAAUGCUGUCGACAUGUGGGCGUUGGGUGUGAUCUCAUACAUCCUGCUGAGUGGAACCAUGCCCUUUGAAGAUGACAACCGUAUGAGGCUAUACCGGCAAAUCCUCAAGGGAAAGUACAGCUUCUCUGGAGAGCCGUGGCCCAGUGUGUCAAACCUUGCCAAAGACUUUGUCGAGCGGAUCCUGACGGUGGAUCCGAGUGCGCGACUGAGUGCCGGCCAAGCUCUCAAGCACCCCUGGAUCGUCAGCAUGGCUGCUGCCUCCUCCAUGAAAAACCUCCAACGCUGUAUAUCUCAGAACCUGCUGAAGCGGGCGUCAUCUCGUUGCCACAGCACCAAGUCGGCCCAGUCCACACGCUCCAGUCGCUCGACCAAAUCCAACAAAGCUCGCCGCGUUCGGGAAAAGGAGCUGCGUGAGUUGAACAGACGCUAUCAGCAGCAGUACAAUGGCUGAGGCCUAACUUACUGGGGAGACUGAAAAAGCCCAAAUACUGUCGCUAUUCCUGCCCCCAGAAUGAGACUCGGAGAACAAACGGAUGGUUCAAAAACCUUGUCAACCAGUAAACUUUGAGAAAGUACCUGCUGCAAGCAAGACUGUAGAAUAAAUACAAAAUGAGAAUCACUGAACCCGGAAGGACAAACUUUGCAUAGCAUUUUUGUUCUCUGAGGUUUUACAACAUCAUUGUCAUCUCUCAGACCAUCUGUCCAUCUUUAUCUUGAACAUGAUACAGCACUCCUUUUCCUUUGUUCUGUCAUUUUGUGUGUCUUGACGUAUUUAUUUAUUAAUGUGGAUAGUCUUCAUUCAGUUGGUCACUGCAAUAAAUGACCUUCCAUGAGGAUCUGUUGAACAGAGAUCUGGGUAAUGAUGUUACUUAGGAAAAGGGUCAACAUGCCCUUAAACCCUCAUAAUUGAUGACAAUUGCUGUGAAUUUACGUGCUAUUAGUCCUGGAGAGUGGCCAUUGGAGACUUGCAUAAACAUCGGCGCAGCAUCCAAAGGCUAAAAUGAAGACAUGUCUUUCUUCUAAGCUUAUCUCAUCUUGCCAUAAUUGCUCUGUUUAGUACUAGUAUUUUUAACGCUCCAAAAGAUUGUGAAUCUGUGAUUUUAUUUUUAUUUUUCUCCAUUCUAGCUGAAUCCACACAGCCCUGGUCAGUGCCUUACAUCGAACAGUGGAUUCACAGUUUAAAUUUGCGUUCCUUUCUUUUUUUUUAAUGGCUUUCAGUUCGCAAGGUUAUGUGGCCAUUUAACUUAUUUUGUUGUCCUUUUAUUAGUCACAGCAUUGCUGAGAAAAAAAAACAUGCAAGUUGCACCUGUCGAAUCUAAAGUCAGACCAAAACCAAGAAACCCGCUUAAAAAAAUAAAAAUAAAACAAAGACACCCACUGCAUGGGGUUAGACUUAAGUCUAUAUUUUUACUAAUAGUAAAAUUGUAAUAUUUAACAUUUAUUGCCAAUUAACAAGUAAAGGUAUUCCAUUGAUUUGCUGUUGUCCAAUGUUUCCCAAAGGAGGAAUUUUCUUCAAUGAAAAUGUUGCUGUGAUCUACAAAGAAUUCGAAAGGCUGUUGUGAACUUUUUAACAAAUACUGGAACUAAGUUGAGCCAUUUUAGCUUACCUCAGUGUUUAUGUAAAUCUUUGGUUCCAAGAGUUUUCUUGCUUUCUCAUUCUGUUGUUAAUUGCAUUUUCCUUAUGCACACCAAGUUGUGUUGUGUUAUCCUGUGAAAUGUGUUUUGAGUCUUCUGUUUAUUUUUUGGGGCGGGGGUCUCUUGUACAAUACAGUAAUUGAGGCUAUUAGUUACCGAUAUGAAUACACUGUCCACACAUAGGCAGCUGUUUCGUGCCUCAUUUAGCGCAUUCUGCACCUCAUCAUGGAGACCUCCCUCAGAAAACAAGUCUUUCAUGUUUUACAAGAUUGAUUUCUCAGAGAAGAUAACAAUUUACAACUAGAUAUAAUUUGAAGAGCUUGAGUUAGCUAUCGGCAUCAAGUUCCUGAGGACAUGUAUGCUGCUUUAUUGAAUAACUAAAUAAAUUCCUUUGUUUUGCAAACUGUCGGCACAACAGUAGUUUCAUGUUUUCCAUGCACAUGUAAUUCUGAUUUGAUAUAAAUGACAAUGCCCUAAAUGAAGUUGACAGCACUUACCCAAAACCAUUCAUUUUUGAUAUUCUGUACAAUGAUAAGUUAUUGAUUCUUCAACCAUCA